AUAAAGAUCCUGAUUCACUCCCCAAACCAGCAUCGGCUCAUCGCCUCUGUCAUCCCGCCUCCAAUUCUCGACAGAAAAAAACAGGAGUUAAAACCAUGGCGGCUAAUAAGGAUGAAGGAAUAGAGUACCUUGAUGUACUCACUAAAACGGGUGAAAAAACUGGCAUCUCAAAACCAAGAGGGGAGGUGCACAGAGAUGGGGAUUACCAUCGGGCCGUUCACGUUUGGAUUUAUGCUGAAAGUACUCAAGAACUGCUUCUGCAACGCCGUGCAGACUGCAAGGACUCAUGGCCUGGUCAAUGGGAUAUAUCAAGUGCUGGUCAUAUAUCUGCCGGGGAUUCGUCUCUAGUUUCAGCAGUGAGGGAGCUUCAAGAAGAACUCGGCGUAACACUUCCAAAGGAUGCAUUUGAAUUAAUUUUUGAAUUUCUUCAAGAAUGUGUUAUCAAUGAUGGAACCUACAUCAACAAUGAAUACAAUGAUGUAUAUCUGGUUACUACGAUAUAUCCAAUUCCCAUGGAUGCCUUUACUCUACAGGAAUCAGAAGUUUCAGCUGUGAAAUAUAUCUCUUACCAAGACUAUAGAAGUUUACUUGCAAUGGAAGAUCCUCAUUACGUGCCUUAUGAUGUCAACAGUUCGUAUUGUCAGCUCUUCGAAGUAAUUGAGAAAAGGUACAAAGAAAAUGUUGAAUUGCGGAGUUUGAACCUACAAAAGCAGCUCAAUCGUUAUGCUCGGGUUUCACUCACUGCAGAGGUUGCCGGGAUAAGCGAUGCAGACAAGAAAGCUCUAGCUCUUCUUGUCAAAGCUGCAAGAAUUAUAGAUGAAAUUUUUUAUUUGCAGGUCUGGCAUAGCAACCCAUCUUUGAGAGAUUGGUUAAAGGAGUAUGCUGGAAAAUCUCAGUUGGAUAAAUUAAAAUGGACUUAUUAUCAUAUUAACAAAAGUCCAUGGUCAUGUCUGGAUGAAAAUGAGGCAUUUUUGACGACUGCAGACUCAGCUGUCAAACUACUUCCAGAGGCUACAAAGCCUGUGACCGGGUGGAAAGGUCUUCAGUAUAGGCUAGCAUUUCCAGCUAUAAAACCACCUGGUGCCAAUUUUUAUCCACAAGAUAUGGAUAAAAUGGAAUUUUCAUUGUGGAGAGAGAGUCUCCCGGAGGAUCAAAAGAAAGAAGCAAUGGGAUUCUUUAAUGUAAUCAAAAGGCAUAGUGAAUCUGAGCUGGAUAUUCCAAAAUCUCAAAAUACAUCAAACCCAACCUCCUCUCAUGACCUAUAUAUUGUUCCUUAUUGUGAAGAAUACAACUCUCUUCUUGUUGAAGCUGCCAAGUUACUACAUGAAGCGGGAAAUGUUACGAGCUCACAUAGUUUGGGAAGACUUUUACACAGCAAAGCUGAUGCCUUCCUUUCCAAUGAUUACUACGACUCGGACAUUGCCUGGAUGGAGUUGGACUCUAAGUUUGAUGUAACCAUUGGUCCAUACGAAACCUAUGAAGAUGCACUUUUUGGAUAUAAGGCUAGCUUUGAGGCAUUUAUUGGAGUCCGAGAUGACGAAGCAACAGCUCAAGUAAAGCUGUUUGGUGACCAUUUGCAGGUUUUGGAAAAGAACCUUCCAAUGGAUGACAUCUAUAAGUCAGAAGAUGUGACGUCUGCUCCUAUUCGGGUCAUCCAACUUCUUUACAAUUCAGGGAAUGUGGAAGGCCCGCAAACAGUUGCAUUCAAUCUUCCAAAUGAUGAAACAAUAGUGAAGGAUAGAGGAACAUCAAUGGUUUUGCUUAAGAAUGUUUCCGAGGCGAAGUUUAAGCUCAUUCUCCAGCCAAUAGCUGAUGUGUGUGUUAGCAAAGAACUUCGGAAUCUUGUGGAUUUUGAAUCUUUCUUUACUCACACAAUAUGUCAUGAGUGCUGCCAUGGCAUUGGCCCUCAUACCAUCAAACUUCCAAAUGGGAAGACAUCAACUGUAAGAUUGGAGCUUGAAGAGCUCCAUUCAGCAAUGGAAGAAGCUAAAGCAGAUAUUGUCGGACUGUGGGCCCUAAAAUUCCUAAUUGAUGAGGAUUUGCUUCCAAAGAGCCUACUGAAAUCAAUGUACGUCUCCUUUCUUGCUGGAUGCUUCCGCUCUGUGCGCUUUGGGUUAGAGGAAGCCCAUGGAAAAGGCCAAGCGCUUCAGUUCAACUAUAUGUUUGAGAAAGGGGCUUUUGUUUUUCAAUUCGAGGAUGAGACUUUCUCCGUCAACUUCAAUAAGGUUGAGAGUGUUGUUGAGAGCUUGAGUAGGGAAAUUCUUACCAUACAAGCUAGAGGUGAUAAGGAUGGUGCAAGAAUGCUUCUUCAAAAAUAUGGUGUUAUGACUCCACCAUUGCAAAGAGCACUCGAAAAGCUGGAAACGGUUCAGGUUCCAGUGGACAUAAUUCCUGAAUUUCCUAUUGCUGACCAAAUCUUAUGUGAAAGCCAUUGAAUACUCAAAGAAAGAAAUAAAGCAGCACCUGUUAUUGAAGUACACAUUCGAGUGGGCUUGUAAACAAAAUGAAUAAUUUUGAUUUGAUUCGUGAUUCGUACUUAAAAAAAGAAUAAGAAUAUAAAUAGUCAUUAGUAUUUGUUACAUUUUCAAAUAAAAAUGUGUAUCUAUUCAAUUCGAUAAGUUUGAAAUAUAUUUGAAUACAAAUUUACAAAUAAAAAAUAGUAACUCUUUUU